AUGUCCCUCCGUGCUGUUUUCACCUCUGGCCUCUUGUACGUUGGCUUGGCUACGGCUCAGCAAACGUAUGCCAAGAAUCAGGUGGUUGUGGUAAAUGAUAGCGAGGAAGCUUCAAAGAACUUUCAGGACGUCGACGAUGUGAAGCUUGAGUCGCCUGCUUUCACUGACCCCAAGAGCAUUCCUGCUGGGUUCAUGAACGGUACUAGUGGCCCGACUAGUGAUGCUACGAUGGAAUACUUUCUCCAAAGUCUCGCAUCUCGCAAUGAAUGGUUGACGUACAAGAACCCUCCAUUCAAGUCUGACGAAGGACGCUCAAUUCCCUACGUCUACCUCUCUACGUCAACUCAGCCUGAGGUCAAGGCCAAUGCAUCCUCGACAGAGAAACUGCGGGUCUACCUGCAAGGCGGAGUUCAUGGAAAUGAGCCUGGUGGUGAUCAGGCUCUUCUUGCUCUUCUGGGCAAGUUCGAUGCCAACUCUACCUGGACAGCCUCGAUCUUGGAAAAGAUGGACAUCAUGAUCCUUCCCCGCUACAACCCCGACGGUGUCGCAUACUUCCAGCGCGUCCUUGCCGCUGGAUAUGACCCCAACAGAGAUCACAUUCGAUUCGCUAGCCAGCAGACCCGUGACGUGAAGGCCUUAAUCACUGAUUUCCAUCCUCACAUCGCCGUUGACGCUCAUGAGUUUGGCGCCACGAGACCUUUUGGUGAUAACCAGCAAUGGCACCAAGCUGUAGACGGUCAAUUCGACGCCAUGAAGAACCUCAACAUCCACAAGGAUAUCCGCGAGUACUCCGAGUCCGUUUUUGCGCCUAGAAUUGCCGGCGCCAUGGAGAAGCGCAAGCUACGUUGGAGCCCUUACAUCGUCGGUAGCGCCGCUGAGCCGUUGGUCUUUACUCAGCUCGACACUCAGGCUCGUGCUGGUGAUGUGUCUUUGGCUCUCACCCAGGCCAUGGUGUUCCUCACUGAGACUAGAGGUAUCAUGCUUGGUGGCCAGAACUUCCAGCGCCGUGUCGUCUCGGGAUUGACUAUGAUCGAAGCCAUUGUUCAAACAGCCGCCGACAAAGCCGAGGAGGUGUACGAGAUUAUCGAAGGCGCCCGCCGCAAGGUUAUUGAGAGUGAUGAAGACAUCAUCAUCAAUGACAGCUACAGGCCCGAGAACCGAACUUGGGACAUGAUCGAGGUUGAGACCGGAAAAUUGGUCAAGGUCCCCAUCAAAUUUCUCAGCUCAACACCCGUAAAAGCCAACUUGACACGAAGCCGUCCUGAGGCGUACGUCUUCCCCCAAGCAUGGAAAGAAGCCGCCGACCGUCUUCGUCUCGUCGGUGUCAAGGUCGACCAGCUCCGCUCCGAAUUCAAGGGCGAAGUUGAAGCACUCAACGUCACCAGCAUCAACGUCGGCACUACCGUUUACCAUGGAACAGUUCUCAACACUGUUACCACUGAGACCAAGCGCAAGGAAAUCAACAUGCCUGCGGGUAGCUUCUGGGUUUCUGCCAGGCAAGCUGCUGCGGCUUAUGCUUUUGUUGUUCUUGAGCCUGAGAACAUUGAUUCUUAUGCUACAUUUAACAUCUUGCCUGUUAAUGUGGGAGAUGAAUAUCCCCGCGGGGAAAGACUGGCAGCUCAGGGCUCUUUAGUGGACUUGACCGCUAAUCAAUCCCCCGCCAUUCUUCCACCUGCUCUCAUCAAACUUAUGGAAAAUACUUCCACUACAACUCGCAAACGAAGCAGUGUCCGGCGAGCCAACGUGACGGCCUGUCAGAGAUGUAAAUCCAGAAAGCAGCGCUGUGAUCAAAAUAUCCCAGCAUGCUCUUCGUGUGCACGUGCGGGCGUGCCUUGUGUAAGCGUUGAUAUCGACGGUCAAUCAGCGCCUCGGAGCUACAUCAAAAGCCUUGAGUAUCGCGUCGCUGAGCUUGAGCUCGCUUUGCAGGGCCAUGGAGUGGACACUGAAUCUCUUGCCGGGAGUCGCAUCUCUCACGACGCUACUGAAUCGACCCCCGAACCCCGACAGUCAAGCGACUUGACCUUGCUGAGUCUUCUCAUACCAGAACCGAGCCAUAUCCAAGAUAAAGGAAGUUCCGGCUACCAUGCUCUUCUUGGUACUAUCACCGUACCAGAAAGAACCAAGUUCCCGCCCAAGUCUACUACUAUCCAACUUGCGGCUACGUAUUUUGAACACUCCAACUUUUUCUCCCCCAUUCUUGAUCAAGAGUCAUUUCACAAUAUCGUCGCCAUCUUGUAUCAAGAUCUAGCGAAUGUAGACCAAGGAAAACCAAUCCAGCGAUUCCAACUCUUCAUGGUGUUAGCCAUCGGUAUCAGGCUUCUCAACAGAAUGGACUCUGCUGUUCCGACAACAGUAUCAGACUCGUUUUUUGCCUCUGCUAUUGGAAUUCUGACGGAGCGAACGCAGGCUACUUGGAAAGGCGACCUAGAGCAUUUACAGAACCUCCUUCUCAUUGUCCAGUACACAAUCUUCGCGUCGAAUCUUUCUGCGGCAUGGCACUUUAUUGGUCUGGCAACACGACUGGCUAUCGAUCUCGAUUUGUUGAACGAGACUCGUCUUUCGGGCAUUCACAGUGAGGAAGUCAUCUUUGACGCUGAAACGAACAAGAGACGGCGGGUAUUCUGGUCAACAUACAUCCUCGAAACCAACCUCUGUGUUAUCCUCAACCGACCCCGAUCAAUACCUGACGAAGCUGUCUUCACACCCUUACCUUCGACAAGCGGCCCGGAAUCUUGCAGCCCUUUGGCGAAUCACUGCAUCCGAUUCCGCCAGCUGGAGUAUGAGAUAUACCACACACUCAACUACAAACCGCCAGCAAAUGGCGCCUUCUUCGACUACAAAAUUUGGAAGGCGGGUAUGAAGGACCGACUUGUCGAGUGGCAUGCUACCGUUCCGCCUGUUGAUUCAAGAUCAAAACUCGCACCCCAGAACUUCUUUGACGGCGCUCUGUAUAUGACGCUUGUGUCUCUUUUCUCCCCAUCCCGUCACUUUCCAGAUCUAUCGGAAUCUGAAUUGAGAGAUCUGGCCCAGUAUGCGUCGACGAGUAUAGAGCUCUAUCGGGAAGGAUUUAAGGAGGGGAAACUGAGAUUCUAUUGGCGGACAACACCCAACCUCUUCCAGUCUGGUGCAGUAUUGGUUCAUUGUAUCAAGAGUCUAACGCUACAAGGGUCUGUGUUUGAUGUGAGCGCCCUCAAAAGUCGUGUUUCUGUGUGCUCAACUGUUCUUUGGGGAAUGGCCGAACGAUACUCACCUGGGGCGGUGUAUCGUGACCGAUUUGAUGAGCUGGCGGCAUCCAUGUCUGACCUCACGACUAAUCUUUCGGUUGAGCUUUCUGAUGACUUCACCUUUGGGCAAUACGCGAUACCACCCUUGGAUUUGAAUGGGACAGCGGCAAUGUGGACAUCAACUCCCCCGAGUUUGGAUCCGUGGAUAUUUGACCCAACUUAG